AUGCCGAACCCUCAUCUGCCGUCAGAGGAAAACAAAUCCGUUGCGGAAAAUUGGUGCUACACACAAGUAGAUGCAGUAAAAUUGAGUUUUAUGUGGAGGAUCAACAAUUUUAGUUUGUGUAAAAAAAUGUGUGACGUUUUAAAAUCAUCCGCGUUUUCGUCUGCCGUAAACAGCAAACUAAAAUGGUGUUUGCAAACAAGUCCUAAAGAGUUAGACGAAGAAAGUAAAGAUUACCUGUCAUAUUUUUUACAAGUUUCAUACAACAAAACUGAGGUUGGAGUAAAAUUCAAAUUUUCAUUUUUAAACGCCAAACGGGAAGAAACCAUAAGGUCAUCAAAUUCGUCUUAG